UGCUCCUUCAUCUCGCUUGGCUGGUCUUCGGUUUUGGGAUUUUCAUGCAGGCAGCUUUCUUCAGAUGGUAUAACCCGGGCUGUGUCACACCCUGGUGAGGCGUUUGUUAGAGAGAGAGUCUGCGAGCAGCCACCGACCUGCCUCUCCCGUACCCCCCCAUCCCCUCCCAAUCCUCCCCUGCUCCCCCUCCACCUCGGCUCCCAUCACUGGCAGGAGAUGCCGACAGCUAAGCCGGAGUCGGCAGCUCCAGGCGAGCUGACAUAAUAAGAUCCUACACAGGUCUUGAAGGGGAUUUCUCAGCGGCCAGCAGCAGUGACCGAUGCCCAGCAGCCAAGGACCCUCGGGCAGCUCUGGGACUGGUUUUGAUGCACUGUCCAAGUCUGGACCAGGCUUGCUAAUGACUGGUAAUAAACAGGACUUGCAAGGCAACAGGAGCAUCAGUCCGGACUUUCAAGAAUGCACUUUGAUUGCGAGGAUCUGAAAGGCGAGCGCACCCGUUCAGGCUCAAAGUGCGAGCAACUUCUCGGUUGAUGCGACCACACCAGGCAUUAUUCCCCCCAAACCCCCGGCGACUGUUGCACCGACUGGACUGUGUGUGAGCGACCUGCUCCAUGAACCGCUGCUUCAGACAGCUCGCAUGUGCAGAGUGGCUGACUGUCCUCUUGUGAAUGGGCGGCCAUCCCAUGUCGGGUCGGCAUGGCAGCUGGGGGUUCAGCUGGAGCUGCGGAGGCUCAGGAAACUAUGCCCCAAACGCCAAUCUUCCCAAGCAUGCUUGGCACCAGUUGUAGCAGUCAUGUGCAGCCAGACAUGCAGGAGAAGUGUGGAGAUCCAGUAUACCAGGACGGCAGUCUGGUGUCGGGAUCCCUCGAGGCACUGAUAGAGCACUUGGUACCCACGGUGGAUUACUAUCCUGAUCGGACUUACAUCUUCACCUUCCUCCUGAGUUCGCGUGUCUUCAUCCACCCUCAGGAGCUGCUGGCACGAGUCGGGCAAAUCUGCACCAAGCAGUUGGAGACUGGAUCAGAGGCAGAUAAGGCUCGGGUCAAGGAAUUUGUCCCGAAAAUCAUCCAGCUUCUGACCGAGUGGACCGAAACAUUCCCACAUGAUUUUCAGGAUGAGAAAUCGAUGAAGGAACUCAAGGAGAUCACGCACCAGAUAGCACAGCGCGAUGAGGAAAACUCCAGCGUGAAGAAAAGCAUUAGCCAGAUGACCCAAAACCUGAUCCGCAACCUCUCGGCCCACAGUCAGUACCAGGAGGCACGAGAAAUAAUCAAACCGUCAGUCACGGAUAAGCAGACCAUCUUGAAGUCCAAGACUCAGUCCAGCCAGAAGGACAUACUGAGCGUUUGCAAUGAUCCCUGUGUCUUAGCUCAGCAGCUAACCCAUAUCGAAAUGGAUCGAUUAAUGCACAUCACCCCAGAGGAGCUGGUGCUUAUAUUCAACCACAUGGAUUCAAUGGACAAUCAUAAGGGUUGCCGUAGCGACAUCAAGAAGACCUACAACUUGGAAGCCUGUGACAACUGGUUCAAUCGGCUCAGCUCGUUGGUGGCCACCGAGAUAUGCAGAGUUGGGAAAAAGAAGCAGAGGACACGGAUGGUGGAAUUUUUCAUUGACGUGGCGAGAGAAUGUUUCAACAUCGGAAACUUCAAUUCCCUCAUGGCGAUUAUAUCUGGCAUGAACCUCAGCCCCGUUGCCAGACUGAAGAAAACUUGGUCGAAGGUCAAAAAGGCAAAAUUUGAAGUUUUGGAAAAUCAUAUGGAUCCUUCCAGCAAUUUCUCUCACUACAGAACAGCUCUUCAGGGGGCAGUGCAGAGAUCCCAGACAGCGCAUACUAACCGUGAGAAGGUUGUCAUUCCAGUUUUUAAUCUCUUCAUCAAAGACAUCUACUUUCUGAACAAGAUACACGCCAACAGACUGCCUAACGGGCAAAUUAACUUUAAGAAAUUCUGGGAAAUUGCCAAACAGAUCAGUGAGUUUAUGAUGUGGAAACAGGUAGAAUGUCCCUUUGAAAAGGACAAGAAGAUCAAAAACUAUCUCCUGACAGCUCCUGUCUACACAGAAGAAGCACUUUACUUGGCUUCAUUUGAGAGUGAAGGACCUGAGAACCACAUGGAGAAGGACAGCUGGAAGUCACUCAGGGCCACACUGUUAAACCGGGCGUGAAACAGCCACUUUGUGCACACAGGACCCCGCAAAUCAUUUGCACUGCAUCCGAUUUUCGCUCCGUUUGGAAGAGAAGAGACUUGGUUUGGUCACUUGCUUUAAAUUUGUAAAUUUGGUUUAGAUUCGGAUUCGGAUCGUGACUGUACAGAGAGAAAGAGGCCAACUCUAGGGGCUUUGGUCCCACUGGCUGGGAUAAGUUUAUUCAAUGCCUUUUACAGCAGACAAUGUGCUAUGACUUAAAGUCACUUGUAAAAUAAUUGGAAGACUACGAGAAGGAAGAAGACUGACUUUUGCCACGGGGCUGGACCCUUUAAUAAAGAGAAGCAUCACGGGAGAUCCCUGGCUGCUGUUUCUAUGGAUACUGGUAGAAAUAGGACAAUGGCAGCCUAUGAGAAAUUCCUACUACUGUCAAUUCAUCCUUUGUUUUGUGACAACUUGCUGCUUCUGUUUGUGUGUGUGUGUGUGUGUGCGUGCGAGUGAGAGAGAGAGAGUGGGACAUAGAGUGAGUUACGGGUAUAAACAGAACAGAAGGGACUAUAUUGCACCAGCCCAGAAUCCUGCUGAACCUAUGUCGGGGUCCAAGGCAGAGCAUUGAUCAUCCAACAUGGAGAAUGUAAGGGUGUUUGUAGACUGCAUCUUAUAGACAGACCAUUUUAUAAAGCAACCCCUGUAUGCUGCCUAUUCAGAAUGUGCAGAUUUAUUUAAUGUUGUGAACUAUAACUCAUAGUUUUCAUUGCUCUUAUGGAUUGAAGAAUAUUUAUUUUGUGCACCAACAACGUCCCACUUUACACAUAGUAAAAUGAAGGACUCAUUUUCUGCCCGAAUGCGUAGAUGGUUCGGUAACACCUAAAACCCGUCAGUCACAAGAACGAGGGGAUCCACGACUUUGCCAUACUGCGGUGAAUCGACAACAAACACUGCCUCUCCAACUCAACCCCAUCUUACAACGGUUUACCUCGUCCAUAAAAGCAUUCAUUCAAGGCAACCUUACAAAAAUGUUCGUUGAAAGUGCCUGACUUGCUGAGUAUCUUCUACAUCUUCUGGUUCUCAUGUUAACACCAAACUGUUAUUUGAUGUUGGCUUAGCUCGUAAAGAUUAAAAGUGCCUAAAUUCUAUAUAAAAUGCACCCCCCCCCCCACCCCCCUCAAAAAAAAAUCUAAAGCUGGUCUCACUCUGCUAGACCCCACACCAGGGAUCAGUGCAGGAUAAUCAGUCAGGUACUGAUCGUGUCCCAUCUGUAUUAUUGUGCAUGGGUUGUUGUGGGUGGAGGCCUAUAAAUACACAGUGGACAGCAACCACUGUGCACCUAUCUCCAGCGUUAGAUAGAAAGUUAAACUUGUCAACCUUGGGCGAAACCCAUCCUCGUUAUCCCUCAUAGUUUGGAAAGCAGGUCCAGGAUGAGUUUUGUGCAAAGGGUGUGUUAAACUGCUCAAAGGAGAAGCAGGACCCAGGUAUCGUUACCCUGGUAUUCAAUAGGGAACAUUAUUGCUGUGGCUCUAGUGGGCAGAUAAUGAAAGGGCAACCUGUGAGAUGUCCAUUCCACCAACACAACUGAUGCAUGGUUGAUAAAUGAAUGGUCAGAGCAAACGUAAUUAGUAUAGAUGAUUUAGAUAUACUAAACUUGUAUAAAUGGUUACGAUAGUUGGCAGGGACAUUGUAUGCUGAAGAGCUUGUUUCUGUGUUCUAUGUCCCUACACUCCUUAUAGAAGUGGAUGGGACAUGAACCAGCUCCAAUAUAACACUGCAUCAUUCUGGUGCCCAGGGCUGGCAAAGUGUUUCUCUCUUUACAUCAGGUAAAGGAUGGGUUCCUGGCAGUGUUCCCAGAGCAGGAUAGUCAAACUGGGUCGAACUAUAAUCCCAGGCUCUGCUCUAACUAAAUCUGUGAAAAGGCUUUGGAUACUUCACAGAAUUCCACGAGCAGUCUAAGAGAUUCCUGCGCCCCCAUAAUAUGGUUUGUGAUAAUCUCACUCUCCCUCCCGAGAAUCCCAUGGAAACUAAAUCAGGACAGUGGGAGCUCUAAUUAUUGUACAACCACAGCAUAACCUUUCUUUUAGACUCUCACAUUAAACACAGUUUGGUCAUGAGACAGAGAAAGAACAAGCUAUUUACGUACUUUUGUAGUGCAUUCACUGGUGCAAGGUGGUAAACAAAAUGCCGCAAAUCUUUCAUCUGAAAUAUGUACAAAAAAUGGUGAAAAUCCUCAGCAGGUCAGGCAGCAUCUAUGAGCAGAGAAAAAGAGUUAGUAUUUCAGGUCGAAGACUCUUCAUCAAAGAGUUGAUGAAAAGUCACUUUCACUUUCGUUGGGGGUUCCUUAACCUGUUGUUUGCCUGGAUGAUUUAGGCCUAAAGUGCUCAUUCUAACUACAUGCCGGUCCCACAUUGUGUAAUUCCUUUGCCUCCCCCUGACACAUCCAUUGUUACUGUGGGUAUGGGAUGGCCACUGCUGUCAUUAAAAGCUGUUCCUUCCCCAUAGUCAUCAAUAAAUACACUGACAUCACACUUCUACCUUUAAUGAACAACAAGAAACAACGAAAAAUUUGUUAGCAAGGCAAUCCUCAUGUGGGCUAAAGCGCAUUGGAUUUAGUUACAUGUUCAACGGCAGGAAGGUUUGCGUUCCAAUUAGAUCAAAGAGCAUUCAUCCUUAUUCACUGUGACAUAUAACCCAUUCGCGUCACUGGUUGGUGCAGUGCCGCUGAUAUACACCUCACCUUGCCAGACCCCGGGACCCCCGAGUAUUUACCUGAAACGUACAUAAACAUUGCUGAAGGAAGUGACAGCUGCAUGCUUUUUAAUCUUUACAAGGACCGGGCUUUUGUCUGGAUUUAUUGACUCAUGGCACCUAGAGAGAUCAUCGCGUGCAGCCAAGGACAAGAAAUUAUUUAACAAAUCCUCCAGGCAUUUUCUGAAGCUCACCAUGUGCAUUUAUAAUUUUGAAAGAAAAUUUAACAACCUCGUUCUGAGACGCUGCUCAUGUUGAAGUGGGAACAGCAUCUAAAUCGAUCGAGUAAACGGCAGCUCCUUCUUAGAAACUGACUCGGGUCGGGUGCGUGGGCAAAAAUAGUUUGUGGGUUCCUGCGUUGUGAGCACGAGGUCGAUGCAACGGCACUUGCAAGCAGAUCAGAAAGCACUGGCUUCAGUGUCACCUGACCAGAAGGCUAUCACAGAAACCACACCAGUAUCAACACAGCUCCCUCUUGUAUCUAUCCAGCAACUUAAAGCAAGCUCAAAUCUCUAUAUAUGCCUCCUCCCUUGAAAGGAUAACAACAUCCUUCACUUCCUUGCAUGGGAGACAAUUCACACCCUCCCCAAAGAAUGUCAGGCCUGAAAAUGAAUCUUUUAUUUUAUCCCCUCCCCCCCCCCCCUCUGGAGGGUUUAUGUGUUCAAAAGCACUGAAUGCAUCAUGCAACAGUCUCAAUGUUUUAAUUGUUUGGUUUUGGUUUUUAUAAAGAUACAAACACAAAAAAUAAAUUAUGUGAAAAUCAGACGCAUGUGGCUGUUUCGUUUUAUUUUUUCUUUCCACUACAAAUUUCCAAUUGCUCAUUUUAUGUUUGUUCCGUUAAGAAAGUGCUUGGAGAUUAUCUGGCAGUGAGAGGCGCCUUUGUCUUGGGAAGGGAAGGGUGGACUGGAAAACUCAACGCAUUGCAACGGUUCUUCCCCCAAUAAGGCAUGCGAUGAGAGGACUUGUUUCCAAUCCACCACCACAGAUGAGGCAUCAAAAGCCUCAUGAUUCUGUCCAAGAAUACUCUUCACACUCACUGAAUGAAUUGUGGUUGUGAUGAUAGUCAGUUCAUGUUACAAUAACAACAAGUUACAUUGAAGUGGCACCUUCUGUAGAAGAUCAAACGAUAUUCAACACUUAGCCAUGCAGGGAUUGGAGAUCAAAAUAACAGUCAUUGGCAUCAUAUAUAUAUAUUUUUAAAUUAUUUUUAUUAGAAGCAAAUGUACAAAGAUAAAACAUUCGACAUCUAAGAUUAUACAAUUAUUGUACAGCUUCAUUUUUAACCUUGCAAUCUGAAAAUGAAAAAAGAAAAAAAGAGGAAAAAGUGAGAAGUGAAAAGAUAGCUUGAAAAAGCACAAAGAAACUAACCCUAGUAGUGUGGCUGGAAAAAAACUAAUGGUAGAAGAAAAGAAAAAGAAAACUUUGAUACAUUCUACAUACAAGGUAUCACGUGGCCCCUUUGGAUGAUUUCAUUAGGCUUUAGUCCCUCAAUUCCCUGAAGUUCCUUGCCCAACCCACCCUUUCAUACACAUGGCUCUGAGAUUUUCUCAUCAUUUUUCCCUUCAUUUUUUAGCCCACUUUGCCACGGUUGUCUUUCUGUUGCUUCUCCCAAGCUGCCGUCUCACAGCUCUCUCAAGAGUAAAGAGUAUUUAAUUGUCUCAUGUACCAGCAACAGAACAGUGACAUUCUGUGACAUAUUGCCAUUAUUGGGCCAUUCAGCCAUGAGGUCUCGAAAGACCCAAGACCUAACUCCAGUUACAUGUCUUUCCCCCCAAACACUUUAGUUUGUUAAGUUUACAAAAAUCCCUAGUGUAAAUUACCAAUUGCCUUUGUAAAAGUAUGGUCUGAAUAUCUGGCAUGUUCCAUGUGGAGGAGUGUUUCUCAACUUCACUCCCAAAAAUGCUGGCUCUAACCUUUGAGUUUAUUUACAAGACCCAUGUACUCUUUUCAUAUUUUGAAAACAGCAAUCAAGAAACCUUCUAAAUCCCAGAGAAAACAUCUCCAUGUU